AAGUCAUUUUUAUCAAAAUCAAAAUGUCAGUAAUGAAUAUUGUUCGAUUUUGUUUUGCAGUGGUAACGGCCUCUGUAUUUUUUGCAACAGCUAAAAAUUAAUGGAUUUACUCAGUGACUGGAUAUAAUGAAAUAAAUAACAAAAUAUUACUUCAUCUACUAUCAGUGUCUCUAAAUACCUACCACUAAAAUUAGUGUAUCCACUCAACUACUGUGCGCUUGAUUCAAAGAUUCGGCUUAUGGUUGGUCUAAUGGAUAAUGGUUUUAAAACUCAAUUAAAAAUGGAUGUGUCUUCCAGUAACCUUUCGGCACAACUUCACAAAUUGUGCGCGGUUCUAUCAUCUGAUCCAGAUGGAGCUUAUGAAUUAGCAGUUUCAUAUCUAUCUUCGACUGAUGAAAAGAACCGCACAGUUCAAGAUGAAAGGUUGCUCUGUCAGAAGAUCCAGUCAAAAAUUGGAUGCACAUCAGCUAGAGAUGUUGACAAGUUUAAUGAAUGCUAUGCAAAACUGAAGAAAUCUUUUGUGUUGAAACAACGAGUUUCAGUGCUGGCCCUUCUUCUGGCUCUGUCAGAAACUCCACAGCAAGCUGAAUCCACAUAUCAAUUAUUCCCUGUACCACAUCUAGCUACUACGAAAUCAAAUCCUAGUUUGACUGCUGGGUCUAGCUCCAGCAAAAGUACAAUAGAAAGCUGGGGCAGCAAUGUUCCCAAACAACAGCCAUCCAGUCAGAAUCUCUCUAGCAACAGUAACAUGGCUCUACAGACAACUGAUCGAGUGAACGAACGUGCAUGUGUGCGGGACGCGGUGUUGGCAGCAACGGGGGUGCGGGCGCGGGGGGCGGGAGGUGGCCCCCGCCCGCAACAGAUGCUGUACUCCCGCAUCGCACACUUGGGCUUUCUGCACGACCGGCUCAAGGAGUUUAUUGACCCUUACUCUGGACUAAUGCCGCAAGGUUUAAUGGGAGAAGGAUUAGUAUCUUCUAUUCGCGAUGAACUAACAGAAUAUUAUCGAAGUGUUGCCCUACUUCAAUCUCAGGCGUGCGAGGGGGGCGGUGGCGGGGGCACGCUGCGGCGCGUGUGCGUGUGGGCGCAGGAGCCGCUUCACCGCCUCACCUGGCUCGCCAACAUCGUGCACACCGUGCAUCACAAGAAAGGCGGCGAGCUGGCGUCGUGUGUGCACCGUUUCGUCCGUCACGGGGACGAGCGCGUGGCCACCCUAGCGCGCCGUCUGCUCACCGCGCUCACCUACCCGCUGCUGCUGAUGCUCACCCGCUGGCUGCUGCACGGUGAAAUCGACGACCCAUUCAAUGAGUUUUUCAUCGAAAGCAGAUGUGGAGUUCCGAUAGACAGGAUGUGGCAUGACAAAUACAGAGUAAGGGAAUGGAUGGUGCCGUCGUUCAUGUCCCGGUCGCAGGCCGCGCAGAUCCUGGCCACGGGCAAGAGCGUGGUGUUCAUGCGCGAGGCCUGCGCGGACGAGCCCGGGCCCAGCGACCACGCCGACCAUCUGCAGGCCUUGCUCCGGGCACACACCAAUAACGGCAGCAAUGUGGAUGUAGCGGGCUCUAGUACGGACCUAACAACCCCCGCAUGGUGGGAGGCGGAGGGGCUGAGGGCAGGCGUGGCGGCGGCGCACGCGGCGGCCUCUCAACGGCUAUUGGCUGCUCUGACCACGCACCACCAUCUGCUGGACCAUUUGGCUGCGCAUCGGAGAUAUUUGCUGUUAGCGCAGGGAGACUUUGUUCACCAUCUCAUGACUUUACUGCAAGAGGAGCUGAGCAAGCCCGCCGCGUCCCUGUACGUGCACAACCUGUCGUGCACGCUGGAGGCGGCCGUGCGCGCCACCAACGCGCAGUACGAGCCGCCGCAUGUACUCGCGCGUCUGCACGUCAACCUCUACCCCAACUGUGACGGGCGCGACGACUGCGGCUGGGACGUGUUCGCUUUACAGUACCGCGUGGACGGGCCCCUCGGGACCCUGUUCCCGGCGACGUGCGCCGCGAGGUAUAGGGCACUGUUCACACAGCUGUGGAGGGUCAAGCGCAUAGAGUACAGUCUGCACGACGCCUGGCGCGAACACACCAUCCUGCACAAGCGACUCAAACAUAUGCCCGAGGUGUGGGGCCUGAUGCGACGCGUGUCGUGCCUGCGCGCGGAGGCGCUGCGUCUGUGCGGAGCCCUGCAGGAGGCCAGCUGUGUGGGGGCGGAGCCCGCGUGGGCCGAGCUGCUGGCCGCCGCCGCCGCCCGCCAGGACCUGGACUCGCUGCUGCGGCUGCAUCACAACGCGCUCGAGAAACACUCCAUACACGCCAUGAUACACCACACCACGCAGGAAUUACAGUCGUACCUGGGCAACGUGCUGAACGAGACGCUGGCGCUGCGCAGCUUCGAGGGCACGCUGCACUCCGGCAUCCUCGCCGAGCUCGAGCGCCGCGAGCGACUCGAGCUGGCCAAGGCGGAGCGUCUGGCCAGAGGUGAAUACGCAUUCACGACAGCAGACGAAGCUCAAGACAAAGAGAAACGCAAGAUCUUCCACCAAUUCCUGGCGAGUCGGAAGGCUGACCUCAAUGUUUGGGCUCGUACAUACAGGGGCCACGUGACCACGUUGAUCCUGAAGCUGGCGCUGCACCUGGAGGUGUCGCUGCAGACGCUGGCGUUCCGGCUCGACUACAGCGACUUCUACAAGCGCGGCGACGCCAAACUGCACGAGCCGCUCACCUACCAGCACAAGCGGCUCAGCGAGAUUGGGCUCAAUGUGGCAAAGACAAAACUAAUGGAGCGUAACCGCAAGAAGUAACCACACAUCGAGACGGGCGCAGUAUCUUUCAAGACAUGUCUACGUCUACAUCAACAACGCGUAUAUAAAUAACCGCGUUUGCUGAACACUAACAAAAUAAAACUUCAUUAACUUCUAAAUUCCUUUUCAAAGUUUAUAAAGUACUAAGCAAUGUCUCGAAUUAUAAUUUUAAGUGUUAAGUAAAUCUGUUUUGCUCUCUCUUUUAGUGCCAUCUUUGUUUUGUUACACAAUGUGACAAUAUAUUUGUUUAAUAAACUGUUAA